ACCCUCUUCAUCAGCUCACUCCACACCUCCUCACCACCACGCCUACGCACAGAUAUGUCAAGUGACAUCCUAUCAAGAGAGAUUAACUCAACUGAAGUGCCAACGUCAAGUGAGAGUGAGUGUGAAGAUGGCUACUUACCCACAGUCGCUGAGUACAGGGAAGCUCUUGAUGGCUACCACACGACUAUGGUGGUUGGAGGAUCGAUUUUGACAGUGGUGUUGUAUGCGUUGUUCCUGGAGCAGAUUGUGUUUAUCGUGAGAAAUGUCAACAAAAUCUUCCGCCGACAUAUUAUCUGGAUCACCUCUGUUUACCCGUUCAUGACGAUGAUGAGUGUGAUCUCUAUAGUAAUACCGAGAGCAGAGACGUACACUAAGGCUAUCAAAGUCACGUACAUGUCAGCAGGUAUAAGUCACUUCAUGGACCUUACCACCUUGAUGUUUGGGAGUGAGAAGGUGAUGCUUCAUGAACUACAACGCAGCAGGUUUAAUCUGAAGGUGGGACCCCUCUGCUGCUGUUGCUUCUGCUUCCCCUCACCCAAGGUUACCAAAAGUCAACUGACGGUGGUGCGUUGGUUGGUGUGGCAGCAGCCCUACUCACAGGCCCUCUACUUUAUGAUACUGCUCCUCUGGUCCACGGCUGAGAGCAAGGAGGACGGCACGAUCGACCCCAACAGUAAUUACCUGUGGCUCUGCAUUCUCGACUUCCUCUCCUUCUUUUGUGGCAUCUAUGCUCUCAAUGUCAUCUCCAUCUUGUGCCGAGGACAUCUUGACCAUUAUAGCUAUGUGAAGAAGUUGUUUUCUAUAAAGACUCUGGUGUGGUUGACCAAACUCCAAGGCUUAAUCUUCAACAUCUUCGCCACCUACAACGUCUUUCCCUGCAUCUCACGAGUCUUCUCUCCAUCAGUGUACAAGCUAACUGUAGAGAACACACUGUACCUGGUGGAGAUGAUGAUACUGGGUCCUUUUGCCUACAUCCAGUACCACAACCUCGACUUCUUGACUAGGAACCCAGUGCAUGUUGAGCCGUCACGUCAGGAGAAGAAACAAUCUAUCAGUUACCUGUCAGGAGCUCAACUUCACGUCUCGCUCAGCCUUUCUGAUGACCAACUGAAGGAGACAUCGGGUUAUGGUGACCUCGCCAUGACUGUGUCGCAGGAACCUCACAGUGGUUACAGCCCCUUCCACCUCGAUGACUGUUGUGUAUGAGACCUGGGAACCUAAAUGGAGGUGUUAGUUCCCCAGUAGUGCCAUGCCUUUAAGGUUCAUCGUCAGGAGGUCUUCAGUGAGCACGAUGAUCUUAUAUGAUAAUUCUAUACAGUUCUUUAAUAACAAUAACUAUUAAUGCAGCAGUAAAGAUUGAGUUUGACUAAA